CUCUUUUUGUAGCUGACAAUUCAGCAAAAUGUCGCUCGUAAUUCCUGAGAAGUUCCAACACAUUCUCCGUGUUAUGGGGACAAACAUCGACGGUAACCGUAAGGUUAUGUUUGCGAUGACCGCAAUUAAGGGAGUAGGAAGACGAUAUGCCAAUAUUGUUUUAAAGAAGGCUGAUAUUGAUCUUGACAAACGAGCAGGAGAAUGUUCUGAGGAAGAGGUGGAAAAAAUUGUCACCAUCAUGGCAAAUCCUCGUCAAUACAAAAUUCCUGAUUGGUUCCUCAACAGACAGAAGGACAUUGUUGAUGGAAAAUAUUCACAGCUUACUAGCUCAAACCUUGAUUCUAAAUUGCGUGAAGAUUUGGAACGAAUGAAGAAGAUCCGAGCACAUAGAGGUCUUCGUCAUUACUGGGGUCUUCGUGUACGUGGACAACAUACAAAGACGACAGGACGUCGUGGACGAACUGUUGGAGUGUCGAAGAAGAAGUAAAUUCUAAUUGUGAUCCUUUUCCAACAUUAAAUGUCCAUUAAUUUCACGAUCUACAAA